ACGCCAGUUUUAUUCAUUCCCAGAACCAGAACAAUAUCACUUCCGAAACAAAAACAUGGGUGUUAAAAUCAAGCAGGAGAAUGCUAAGUAAUGAGUUCCAUGGAGCAGUGAAACUAGCCAAGUUUGCAUUGUGACACCAGAUUACUGUUGUAAAACACAGUGCAAGACAAACAGCACUGCUUCACUAACACUUUUGGGGCAAUGCUUGAGGUGGGUUGCUCAAUGAUGCACUGGAGAGUGAAGAAUAGGGUAUGUGUGGUUAGAGAGUUGGGGUUGCUGCGGUAGAUGGGCGUGAGCAUCAGGGCGUAGCACGCAAUUGCUGCUUCGAGGAGCUUGUGAGUGUGCACAGGAAGCUCACUGUGCAGCUCAGCUGCAGCUGCAGAUGUAGAAGGCUGGAAGGGGUUGUGGGGUGGAGAACCCUCCUUUGAAUUGUUUCGAAAUUCCUCUCUCGUUUUGUAGCUUGAGGUGCAGGUGCUGUGAGAGCCUCGAAGGAAGGACGAGUCUAAGUUUGAUUUUUGUCUGUGGGAAUCGUCGUUGGAUGUGACUUGAUUUGGUUCUAUUGUUGUGAUGGCCAGACGGCAAGCUCUGAUUGGAUCAUGGGCUUUAAAUUCGUGGACAUCGUGCACAGGGGAUCAUUUUUAACACUAGAUCUGCGUUCGUGUAGAAAGAAGGCGCUGCAUUAAGAUAGACCAUUUUAUUGACCUGUUCAGGUUUGAAGGCUGUCUAUUGCAAGGUAGUUGAAGAUGUCACGCCCCAUGGCUUUGGGGUUGGUCUUAUUGGUGUUGAUUUUGACUAGUCAGUCAGACUGGAAGCAGGACAUGAAGACAGAAUCAGAAGAUAGAACCUCUACUAUUACGAAACAAGAGGUGGCUUUGACCAACCUUGAAGCAUUGAGGAAAGAAGUCAUCCUGAUGCAGGAGAAGGAAAUACACGAUCUAAAGCUGCAGGUGCAGAGUUUGCAAGAACAACUGAAGAAUUGCAAAUCAGGGGUUCCAAGUAAUUCUCCGAGUAGGUUGACUUCUUUGGAGCAAGAAUCAGAUACUCGAGUAACCCGCAGAGGCGAGUUGGAGGAGUCUGCUCCACAUAAAUCUACAAAGCUAAGAGGAAGUGUCAGAACUGCUAGAAACGAUAAGCUCUCUGAACGUCCAUCUGAGUUAUUAGCGGUUGACGCGUUCGAAAUGGCCGAUGAUGACGAGGAGAAGCUUGGGGACAGGUAGACGAGUCUUACUCAAGCAGCUAAGAAAAUUUGGGCUUGUCUUGAACUUGUAGUCAAGACUUGAGUUUGAGCCUUGGUCUCUGUAAAAUAGAUGUACCUAAUAUUAUUCUUCCUGGCUAUCAAUGACGUUGGCAGCUAACACAGAUGUUCAUAGAACACCAUGCGAUUGUUUUCCGAUAGCCUGCUUACCUAGACCUCGAGAAAUCUGUAGCUUUUCUUCAUAUUUCGACUACUGGAUCACGUAGGGUUUUUAGUUCUUGUGAACAUGGCUUCUAUCCUUCACUUCUCUUCUACUCAUGAAGCGCAAUGCCAUGUUCACAAAUGUUGGCUUCUGAACACAUAGUCCAUUUUCACAGCUUUCAAGUCAUUUCAGAGUUGUAUUGUUGAUCA